GUCUGACCGUACAAAUGAAAGCCAAUGGAAGAGCGUCUGCGAGAGAUGAAUAGCAGUUGAAAAAUCGUCUGUAAUUUUUUAAGAAAUUAUCUUUUUUCUCAACUAAAAGCAAAACAUAUUUGGUGUAUUUUAACGAUUUUCUUAUUUUUCAGUUAAUUUGAAAUUAUUUAAAACAGAAACUAAUAAAAUAAUAUAUAACAUGUAUUGGUCGAGACGCGAAAGUUCGAAGUGGGCUAUUUCCCUCCAUUCGUCUGGAAUUCGCUCGAAAUCUCCCUCCCUCUUUCUUACCAGAGGAACGGGAGUGAGAAUGGCCGGAAAGGCAAUUUCCGACGAGAAUCCGCUCCUUUGUGCGUCGGAAAGGCCGAGGCUUCCCGAAGACACCGUAUUCUACGCCAUCUUUCCCGACCAGGCGUCUCAGCAUCCUGCCGACCAGGAGGCGAUCUCCGUCUCGUUGAAAGAGCUCCAUGUGGGCAUCCUGGACUCUGUCGCCUCCUAUUCGAUGGAUUAUAUUUGGCAACACGAGCCUUUCAACCUCGCCGUCUCCUCCCAAAGCCCGAACAAAGCCUGCAUCUGCGUCUCACUAAACCCUAAAAAUGGUGAUUCAGAAGAUGGAAAUGCCCGGAGCUACGACGGUCUUGCCCCACCGCACCUCCACGGGAAGGUCAGAUAUGGCGAUAACGUAGAGGACGAGUGGUUCGUUGUCUUUUUGAUGUAUGAGAUCAGUAGGCGGUACUCGAGUGUCUCUAUCCGAGUCUGGGACACCGAUGGCGAGUUCCUCCUGAUCGAAGCUGCUUUUUCGCUUCCUCGAUGGGUCAAGCCAGAAAAUAGCUCGAAUCGGGUGUUCAUCCGACAAGGCAAGCUCCAUUUGAUCCCCGAACAAUGGCUACCGAGCCCGACGAUAAGUGAUUCACUGAGACUUCUCUCUUCAUCGUCGUCUGGUUCUGAAAUUAGAGCUCCCAAUGCUGUCGAGGCAGCUCUUGAGCGCCGGAUUGGCGUGUAUCCAGAGAGGGCGCGGGAGAACAUGCAUAGGACGCGGUGUAGGUUACCUGUGGCCGUGGCCCAAGUUCUGAAGCACGAACCUCAGAUAAUCUCCUUGGCCGUUGAGGGUUUCUACGAUCGGGACAUUGAUUCGAUGAAGUUCGCGUCUCGGAUGGAAAAAUUCUUAUCUGGAGGUGAGAUGGUGAAUGUCUCGCUGAGGAUGUCACGUGCAAUGUAUGCGCAGCUAGUGCAACAGGUGUUCCAGGCACCUAAGUGUUAUCCCAUGCCUCCGUUGUCGGACAUCGAAGCUUUCCGGGAGGCGGAACUAGGUAUGAAGAUAGCUUGUGGUUUCGAGAUGGUGUAUCAGCAAAGGAGGCGGUAUGAAUUAGGGUCUGGUGAUAGCCAGAGACUGGAGCAAGGUGUUUCUGGGCAUUCUUUCAGUGGAGUUGAAGGGUUGGUGGGAGUAAAUGCGUGGGAAGCUUUUGUAAGUAGCUUGAAUAGUAAAGGUUACUUUAGGGGUCUUCUUCCUGGAUCGAAAGAGUAUCAAAGGCUUAUGGAUGAAGCCCUCGAUUAUUAUCGAAAGACCAGCUUAUUUUCUAAGACAAGUGCGGUGUUUCAAGCUCCUAUCAAACGAAUAGAUGAGAUACUCUCAUGGCCACAUUCUGCCAAUGACUUUGCUGGCUCUGAUCUUCCCCCUUCCGAUGAUGAUUCUUGGAUGUACAAUGGAGAGGAAGAGCUGCAGUCUGCGAUGCUAGAGAGACAGAAGGAGAUGGAUAUGUAUGAGUUAGAGCGUCAGAAGCGCCAAAAAUCAAGAAAACAGAAGGGAAAACAUGUUGACUCGCCCAUGCGGUCAGAAAAUACUGAUCCUACUGAUCUCAGUGACAUAGCAAAAACAAUGAAAGCAUUUGUAGACAAAGUUUCAAGCUAUAAGGGAGCUGAGAUUCCUGAAAACAGGGAUUCUGAUGAUGUGCAACUCAAUGUGGACCGCCUUAUUAAAGAAAUGGAAACUGUCAUAAGAAAUGAUUCCCCAGAAGGAACUUCAUCUGCCGCAGGAUUAGAAGAAGCAACUUCAUCAUCUUCAGAUAUGGACUUUGAUGUGUCCGAUGAUGACUUGAGUGACUCAGAGCCAUCCGAAAGCAUGGAGCCUGGUGAUUCUUUUAUGCAGUCUUAUUCAGAUGCAUUAAGUGACCAACUGAAAGAUUCUACUCUUAGAAAGAGUUUUCUCCGUGCAAAUGGUCAACCUUCUUCAACAAACAUUUCCGAGGGGUUGCCAACCUCUUCUGCGGAAGUAGAUGCCGAUUUCACACCAGUUGACAUGGAUGUGAACCUUGUACAGAGCCUUAUUGAUUCCUUCACAUCACAGCAAGGACUCCCGGGGCCCGCUUCUAAUUUACUUGGAUUGCUGGGUCUGCAACUCCCUCGUGAUUCAAAUGAAAAGAAAUAAUCUCUCUCCUACUCUAAUGAGGUUUCUAUUGCCACCUUGAUCAAUGCAAAAUAACCUCACAAAAAUAGUGUUGUACAGCUGAAGUAGGUUAAUGUUUUCGAUCUUCCCAAAAUUUUGGUUGAUGCAGUGUUGUGUUGAUCUCCUUGGCUAAGCAGUCUAAGGGUACUGUAUAUACAGGCUGAAUCUCUAGAAGAUACUUUAUGCUAUGAGCUCCUCUGAAGUUCUCAAUUGCCUGUAGAAAUUGGUUAUUCAUGACUUUCUGCCCAUGGAGCAUCAAAAUUAAAAUUAUUAUUAUUAUUAUUUUUUGUA